CGGAGGUGCAGGCGAGCUGCUCUAUACGGCCUAUUACUAUUACUAGUCGAUCGACUCUCUCGUCGCGUUGGAAUCGUAGCUGCGCUCUUCGUUCGCCCAAGCUGCCUGCCUUUUGUUUUGCUAGCCUCAGUUUAUCCGAGUGUGCGAUUAUCGGCUCGAUUCGAGGGUGAUUUCGUGAGCUGUCGGCUCGUUGGACCUCGUAAGCUUUUUUCCCUCUUAGGCUCCCCUCCUCCGUCGGAGUAAAUACUCGUCCUCUUCGUCGCCAUGACGAAGCGUCACUCGGUCACGGUCGAGCUUAAGAGGCCCGGCUGUCACGUGGCUUGGGGCAUCAGCAUCGCCGGUGGAUCUGAUUUGGGCACUCCUUUGAUCGUCACCCGUUCUGAGAACGAGCAGUUGCAGAAGGGUGACGUGAUCAAGAAGAUCGACGAGUACGACGUACGAGACUUGAGGCAUGUAGACGCCCAGACAUUACUCCAAAACACUUGCUGCGUUAAGCUGGCCAUCGAGAGGUCGGCUAAUCACAAUUGUACCUUUGUCUCGAGAUUAGACGAAUCAUGGCCCAAGAGUCAGCAGUGCCCGGCGUUACUGCCCAAGAGCCCGAUAUCUGCGCCCCAACCCAUCGACAUACCGGAAUAUCAGCGAAUAUUUUCACCGAGCCAGUUCAACCCAGCCCACGAGCAUCUGGACGAGGUGCGCGAGGAGCGAUACUACCUAUCCCAGCCGUACCGCACGACGCCACUGGUCUUGCCUGGCGCCAAAAUCAAGAAGGAUGCCCCGCUGGGUGAAUGCUAUCUGCGACACCAUCCCAACCCCAUGGUUAGAGCGGCACCUCACCAUUAUGAGGUGGCGAACCCAGAGGUGGCCAUGAAGCAGAAAGUGGCAGACACUGUAAUUCAACGAGUUUUCAGUCCCAACGAUUUACCAAAGGUCGUAAGCAAGCAAUUCAAUUCGCCGAUCGGUCUCUACUCAGAGCAAAAUAUAGCAGACACUAUAAAAUGUCAGGCCUCGGCCAUACCCAAAAAGCCAGCCAAGUGGGACCCGAACUUGAGUGAGACUUACAAGGUUCUACAAGAGGAGGACUACAACGAUCAGAGAGCUCAAAAAGUCAGCCAGCCGACGCGCCAGGGACUCUUCUCGCCGGCUCAAAGGCCCAGACAAAACCAACCCAGUUCAUUCCGGCCCAAGAGUCCCAUCGUAAGUAACCCGUACUAUACUGUGAACGUGGUGGAUAACGACGGCGAGACGAUUCACCAGAGCAGCAGCUUCAAAAGGAUCAUGUACACCGUGCUUGGAGAAACCGAGUACUAAAAGGGACCGUUGUAUACCUCGUCGGCGAGCCCUCCAAGUCCGAUCGACUGACGAUGAUAUAAACAUACAAUACAUAUAUUUUCAUGUACACAUAUUAUAAAUUGCAACGUCCUUUCGAGACGAUCGAGCUCAACGCGCGACUUCACUCUCCAGUCCAGUCCGUUCACUUUCUGCCUUUUCAAAGUAAAACGAAGCAAAUAAACUUUAAAUUUUCAAUGAGCGAUUGCAUUUGAUUCGCUUACUUUUGCUCGAAUUAGACUGACGCUUUGCAAACGGACUUGUUGGAUUCGAAUUUUGCCGAGCCAUUUUACUCAUAUACUGUAUAUUUUUAUUGUUGCAAACUGCGUAUACGACCUAAGAAGAGAUUUUAUUUUUCCACCAGCUACUUUAAAAUGAUUAUCCUUCUAUAGAUAAAUUCUAUUUUCUAUGCAUAUAUUUAUACAAAUCGUUAGCGUUAAUACGAACACCUUUUUCAUAUUGUAGUGCUUCGUUCUUCUUUCUAAACGAAUAUGCAUGUGUUUAAUGUAAAGUUAUACACAUGAAACAUGCUUUAUCGAUUAUAUAUCUGUUCAAUUAUUUGAGCUUAUGAAAUUAAAUUGCUUAGUCAAGCCACGAAACAAAUGUUCGGGUCCAUGCACGCAUGUGCGCUCACGUGCCUACCAACGAACCAAGAUGUACUCUGAAGAUUUAACGACAAUUAUUUUAAAUAAAUGAGUUUAUCUGA